CAGGAGGCGGCUGACCCGAGCGGGGCCCCGGGGCCGGGCCCGGCGCUGUCCGCGCGGAUCCCCCGUCCCGCGGCUGUGCUGCUGCGACCGGCACCUGUCCCCGUGGGCGGCCUCCGGGCGGGUGGGGGGGGGGGGGGGCGCCCGGUUCCCAGCGCUUGCCUGAAAAGCCCGUCCCGGCCCCCCUGAGCGCGACGCGGGGGGACGGGGACGGGUUUGGGUUUGGGAGCCGAAGGGGCGGUGGACGAAGCCGGCCCCGUCCCGGCGCGCUGCUGCCGUGCCCGCCGGGCACAAAGGCGGCCUUUCCCGGCCCUUCUGCCGGGCGCUUGUGCUCUGAGCGCCCCUAAUGGUCCCUCCGUGCGAGGACUUAACAGGCGCCCAGCGCCGUGGAUGAUCGGGAAGGUGCCCAGCCCGUCUCCGUAAACCAUGGCGUAUCAGCUGUACAGAAACACCACGCUGGGGAACAGUCUCCAGGAGAGCCUGGACGAGCUCAUACAGUCACAGCAAAUCACACCUCAACUGGCUCUUCAGGUGCUACUGCAGUUCGAUAAAGCUAUAAAUUCAGCACUGGCACAACGAGUCAGGAACAGAGUGAAUUUCAGGGGGUCUCUGAAUACAUACAGGUUCUGUGACAACGUAUGGACAUUUGUACUGAAUGAUGUUGAAUUUAGGGAGGUCACUGAACUUGUGAAAGUGGAUAAAGUGAAAAUUGUAGCAUGUGAUGGAAAAAACACUGGUUCCAAUACUGCAGAAUGAAUAGAACUGUGGUUUGUCUGCAAUAUUUUCUGUUAAUAUGCAGCACUUUGUGGAGAGAAGCAUGGAAAGGGACUGUGUUCAUACUUAAUUCUUGUGAUGCAGAUGUGAGUUAAUUCAUAGUAGAGAGCAUCACAGAAUGACAGCGGAAGAAAUACCUGUAGCAUUUCUUCAGUUCACCUUAUAGGGAAUGAAUACAAUGUUACUUUUUUUUUUUUUUUUUAUUACAACAGAUACUGUUGCCUUUUUUGUUCCAAAUAAUUUCUGUAAUAAACUUUUAUUUAAAAAGUU